CCACGUCUCUCGUGUUAUCGUAGCAAGUCGCCUGAUCUUCGAGGUUCGCACGAUGGUCAAAUUCUUGAGAACGUAUCUGUCAAAGUCGUACGGUGUCUGUGCAGACUGUAGUCACUGUACUGCAUCAAGCACGUCCUGGACUCAACCUGAAACUAUGAAUUCGCAAUUAUCUGAGAGCGGAUGCAUGAUAGCAGUCUUGCAUGAGACUUGAGACGUCUGUUGUGACACUGGCCCCACCCAUGUAACUAGACUCGUGACCAGUUCGUCUAUGAGGCACAUUGUUGAUAGACGGUUGCGGUAUAACGCGGACCGCCAGUCUUAUCAGGAGCCAUUAUAAGCUAUUGGCUCCAAUCACUAUGAGGUUCCUUUCCUUUCAACUCAGCCUUCUCAUCACCAGCCUCAUCACAAAGAAAAAAGCGAUUAACUGAUGGCAACUGUCGCGAACUCCGUAGCUCACCCAACUUUGAUUUCGGCUGAUCCUUUUGUUCCUGCAAGAGAACAGAAGAACCUGCACAACCGCUGGCAUCCAGAUAUCCCUGCCGUUGCCACAGUGAAGCCCGGACAGGUGUUCAACGUCGAAUGUGUUGACUGGACAGGAGCACAAAUCGGUAACAACGACACGAGCGAUGAUAUCAGAGACGUGGACCUGACCAGCGUUCAUAAUUUGUCCGGUCCAAUCGCUGUGGAGGGCGCCGAGCCUGGAGACUGUCUCGUAGUUGAUAUUCUUGAUGUCAGACCGUUUGAUAAAAUGCCCUGGGGCUACACCGGUAUUUUCGAACUCGAGAACGGCGGUGGAUUGUUUGCUCGGGAAUUCCAGAGUAGAGCUGCAAAGGCUAUCUGGGAUUUCAAAGGUGUCUAUGCCACUUCAAGGCACAUUCCUGGCGUACGUUUCGCUGGCGUGUCACAUCCUGGGUUGAUCGGCACAGCACCGUCCGCUGAGCUAUUGGCAACCUGGAACAAGCGUGAAGGUGCCCUUAUUGAAGCUCACGCUAAUUCAGUUCCUCCCGUCGCCUAUGGCCCAUUGGCACCAGGCGCUUAUGUCGGCCAAGACCUUCCUGAUGACGUACGCGCGAAAAUCUAUCGCGAAGGCGCACGCACGAUUCCUGGAAGAGAGCAUGGCGGUAACUGCGAUAUCAAAAACUUGUCAAGGGGUUCGCGCUGCUAUUUCCCUGUAUUCGUGAAGGGUGCAAACUUGUCUGUCGGCGAUCUCCACUUCUCUCAAGGAGAUGGCGAGCUGUCCUUCUGUGGCGCUAUAGAGAUGGCUGGAAUAGUCACCUUCAGCACUAGCAUCAUAAAGGGUGGUGUCGAGAAGUUUGCUAUGAAACAACCCAUCUUCCUGCCCUCUCCUGUCGAUCCACAAUACUCCGCAAAAUUGAUCUUCCAGGGGAUCAGUGUAGACUACCACGGUGAUGGUACCCAAUACAACAUGGAUGCCACGGUGGCCUACAAGCAGGCUGCUCUGAACGCUAUCGCUUAUCUUAUGAAGAUUGGUUACACCCGUGAGCAAGCAUACCUUUUGUUGUCUGCUGCGCCGGUAGAAAGUCACAUUGGUGCAAUCGUGGACUCUCCAAAUGCCUGUGUGACUCUCGGUCUUCCCUUGGGGAUCUUUGAACAUGACAUCUUACCCAAGGAUGAAGGUUUGAAGAAGCUGGAAUUUAGGCAAUGUGCUGUGCGCAGCGAUGGCGUGCUGUAAAAGAUGGCCAAGAUC